CGCGUAUCAAGUGCCUCGCACAGUUUCCGCCACAUACUUACCGCUUAUUAAAUGUUAAGUUGUUAUUGUUUACUGACAUUUACCGACCCUUGGUUCUGCCGGGCACUUUGACCAGGACAAAACUGUCGCAUCCUAGUAUAGGUGGUGGCCAGUGAAUUGGCUGGAGAGGUUUGAGUGGUCGUCUUUGUACACAGGUUGGGUCAGGAGCUGUGGAGACUGUGAACUAGUUUGCGUCUGUUUUACAAAAAGCUGGUUGCUUUUUGUAAUUAACCGGGGAGACUGAUAGAGUGGUUUCAGUCUUUGGUAGGAAAACUCAUCACUUUUGAACCUUGAGUCCACUGAUAGGAAAGAUAACUAGGAUAGAGGAGACCUCACUUUGAGAGCCCGUUAUUUGGUGGAGCAGCCGGUUUUUCAAGCUGCCCAAGGGUCCUUACAAUCAAAUUGAAAGCGAGGCAUGAAAAUUCUUCUUCUCUCAUUAAGAAGGAAACUUCAGAAUCUUUAUCCUGUGAAGCAAUAUGGCGAGUGAGCAUCUGUGGAAAUCUGCAGUACAGAAAUGGAGAUCAGAAGGUAAGGUAGCAGUGUGGCUGCACAUUCCCAUCCUCCAGAGUCGAUUUAUUGCCCCUGCCGCUUCCCUGGGCUUCUGCUUUCACCACGCGGAAUUGAAUUCAUCUGUGCUGUCUCUGUGGCUGGGAGAUGGGCCCAGCAGGUUACCAGGAUACGCUACACAUCAAGUGGGAGUUGCAGGAGCUGUAUUUGAUGAAAAUACUGGAAAAAUACUGGUCGUCCAAGAUCGAAAUAAACUGAAAAAUAUGUGGAAGUUCCCAGGAGGCCUGUCAGAGCCUGGAGAAGAUAUCGGAGAUACAGCAGUUCGAGAAGUUUUUGAAGAGACUGGUAUUAAAUCAGAAUUCAGAUCCCUCCUGAGUAUUCGGCAACAGCACACCCAUCCGGGAGCUUUUGGGAAGUCAGAUAUGUAUAUUAUCUGCCGCUUAAAGCCAUAUUCAUUCACCGUAAAUUUUUGCCAGCAUGAAUGCUUAAAGUGUGAGUGGAUGGAUCUCAGUGAUCUAGUCAAGACUAAAAAUACAACUCCCAUCACAAGCAGAGUUGCAAGACUGCUGCUAUAUGGGUACAGAGAAGGGUUUGACAAAAUUGAUCUGACCAUGGAAGAACUGCCAGCAGUUUACACAGGCUUGUUCUAUAAACUCUAUCACAAGAAACUGCCAGACAGUUACAAAACUAUGACAGGAAUGGAUUAAAUUCUUUACAUGUUUUUAAAAUGUUUAAGUUUGUACAUGUAGAUUAAUGUGUGCCAUAUUAUAGGAAGUAGUGGACAUUUGGGUUAAUAACUAAAUAUGACUUUAAUUUUCUAAUGUCUAUAAUUUCCAUGAAGAAAGCGUGUUUGUACACAUUUUGAAAGCCUCUUUUCAAAUGAAGCAACUGUAUGAGAGAUUGUAGCUUUAAGUAAGUUUCACUGGAUAAAAGGAAAUGCUAUAUAAAAAGUGGAAGUGUAUACAUUUUCUAGGAA